GAAGCCAGGCUGCAGCUUUAUGGAAUGAUUCGAGGUUAAGAUAAACCAGUUUCAUAAUUCCGUUCCCGCCUCCAAGAGCCACCACAUUCCAGCCAUUGGCCCAGUUGGUGAAUGUUCCCAUUCUGCCCUGAUACUGGUCACAGUGCCUGCUGGACUGAUUGGAGGACUCUUGGAGAGGGAGGACAGACAGGGCUUCUUCCCUGCCAACCACCCUAGCCGCUUGGACCUUGGAAGAGAGCACGGUAAUCCUUCCAGACAUCGCCGCAGCAAGUUAGAAGACAAGCUGCCUCAUAAGGACAUGGCUUUGGUGCAAACUCCAACCCCGAGCCAUCAGACAGAGGAGGACUAUGAGGCUGAUGCUGAGUUGCUAAGGGACAAGGAUGACAGUCCUCUGGAUGUUGAAGAUGAUGUUCUGUUUCUAAAACAGUUCCCGAGCUGGAGAAAGAAGGAGAAGAAGCGCAUUAGAACGCUCUAUGCUAUCGCAGACCACAUUGACGAAAGCCACCAAAAAGCUACCAAGAUCAAAGUGGUGACUACCUCUGCAUCAGUCGCCUCUGGAGUCCUGAGUCUCCUGGGUUUGGCCCUGGCUACAACAACUGCAGGGGGAAGCCUGGUCCUCACUGCUGUUGGGCAUGGUUUGGGGGCAGUUGCCGGGGUCACCGAGAUCGUGACCAAUGUGAGGAAAAACUCUCGCAAUAAAAGAGCCCUUGCUCAGGUCAACAGCAUCAUGCCUAACAGCGACCAGGAGCUGGAGGGGGUCAAGGGAGAGAAGACGACCUUUGUCACAGCUGCCGGUGACCUUGUCUACAAAUGUGGGAACGCCUGGGAUAAUAUCAAAAAGCACCUCCGAGCCCUCCAGCUAACCAGAACCCAACCCCACGUCACCUCAGCUGCCAAAAAGCUCAUGACUGCGGGCCACGUAUCAGCUCGAAGUGGCAGGCAGGUACAAAAGGCCUUUGGGGGCACAGCCCUGGCAAUGACCAAAAAUGCUCUGAGGAUGGGACGUGCAGCUGCUGCCCUCUCCCUUGGCCAGGACAUAUAUACUCUCUGGGAGGACUGGAAGGAUCUGAAGGCGGCAAACCCAACAGAGCUUGCAGAAGAGUUAAGAGCACGGGCUGCAGAACGGGAGCGGGUGUUAGCUGAACACACCUGUCGCUACAGAAAGCUGCAGAGACUCAGCAAAGAGGCCGCAAGGUCCUCUUUGAAAGGAAACAAGGUGACUCAGCCUCCAUCCUCCUCGACUGAGAGAGCAAGACUCUGGUGAUGGUGACUGACAGAUGAAUAGGAGCCACGGAGACCUUGAGUCUUUGAGAUCAGUGAAGGAAGACCAGGGUGGGGGUGGAAGGCUGAUGGGGCAAUGCCUGUAACUCACAUACAGGGAGGUGCCAGGGAGUUCCCCAGGGUCUAAAAAGGGAGAGAGAGCCCUGUCAGCCCCACUCUUGAGCCUCCCUUCUUCUCCCCUCUGACCCAGCCAUCACCAGCACUCUCCUGGGAUCCCCCAUCACUCACUGUACAAGCCCCCUGCUAGGCUUUAGACUGACACCGCUUCCUGACAGCUUCCAUAGUAAUUAGCAAUGAUAAGCUAUGAGGGUCCCUCCCCCACCUCACCUCUUUCAGUGCUCUCAGUCUCUCAGGAAAGCGGGAACUGUUGUCUCAGAGCCAUGCUUGCACACAAAGGUUGUCACUGGAACCUGCUAGGCCAGAUUCCAGGGGAAGGAGGGAGAGAAGCCUGGGCUCACCCCUUCUGCCUCAAGUCCUGAGCUGAUUGACUGCCCUGUCUCCUGUCUUAAAAACCCUUUUGUGUGUCUCCAUUGCUGGUUUGAAAGUCACUCGUGGGUGCUAUAACACUUAAAAAGACAAAACAGAACUAACCCCCACACAGCCGGGGAAGGAAAGCCUAGGGAAGAAUUGCACAGGAGGUUUGGGACUGUGGCCCACCCACACAAGACUUCCUGCGUUCUUUCUUCUCAGGCUGUCCAGGUGCUGGCUGUCCACUGCUGUCAUCACCCAGGGACCCUCCGUCCUAGUGCACUGUAGAAUUGAGCCCCUUAUCUCUAACCCUUGAUAAUUCCUCAUUUGCUGGCUGAUCUGAAUGUCCCUCCCUGCUCUCUGUAGCUCCCAGGGCUUCCCACCCUCACCACAGCACGUGGAAUCUGUGGGCACAGAAGUACCUUGGGCUGAGGGGGACCAUUGAGCGCAUGAGGUCAUAAGUUCCUGUCUCCACCUCAGGGGCAGGUAGGCAGUACCCCUGCGGGCUCUGCAGUAUGAAAGGGGACUGGGUAGGAACUCAGGGUACCCUGAUUGGUCAGGAUGAACCCAGAGGGAGGAGAAAGAAGAAAGGGGGCUGUUUGUACUUCCCUCUCCAGAAUGUUGGGGUUGCGACUUUUCUGACCCUCACUGUAAUGAAAUAAACACUGGCAGAAGCUUA